ACAGCCCGAAGGUGUGAGAGACAGAAUCCGAGUUAAAGUCAGACACGAAAGAAAUCUUGCCGGAGCGAACUGUCUGAAACACUUUCAAUCGAAGAAAGGAAGGGAUGUCGAGGGGAUCUCGGCUCCUAAGGGCACCUAGCCUCCUACUCCGUCACGCUUAUCACAACACUCACCCAAAGCCCCCAUCUUUCUCCUACCGUCUCCGCUCCGAUUACCUCCUCCAUCACCAUGGCUUCUCCAGCUUCACCAGACGUAGCUCAAUCAACGCCUUCCUCUCCGAUCCCUCCCCGUCCCAAUCUCAAUCCCCAAUUCGCUUCGUUCAACGGAGCUCCAUGGUUAACAACGGCCGUCUCCUCUUCUCAACUUCCCCUCCCAAACCCGACAAAGAAACCGACAAGCCCAAGCAAAUCAAGACGGUGGCGAAUUCGGACAUGGCUGACAUGAAGAUCCUCCGCACGCUUGCUGGCUACUUGUGGAUGAGAGACAACCCUGAGUUCCGCUUCAGGGUCAUCACCGCCUUGGGGUUUCUAGUGGGAGCUAAGGUCUUGAAUGUUCAGGUUCCUUUCCUCUUCAAACUGGCUGUUGAUUGGCUCGGUUCCGAAACUGGAAGUGGUGCCUCUAUGUCGGCCUUUGUGGCUGCGAACCCUUCUCUUGUUGCUGCUUUUGCUACUCCUUCUGCUGUCCUCAUUGGAUACGGCAUUGCUCGGACGGGGGCUUCUGCUUUUAACGAACUUCGUACUGCUGUGUUCUCCAAAGUAGCUCUCCGCACAAUACGUUCUGUUUCUAGAAAGGUGUUCUCACAUUUACAUGAUCUUGACCUUCGUUACCACCUGAGUCGAGAAACAGGUGGUUUGAAUAGGAUUAUUGAUCGUGGUAGCCGUGCAAUUAACUUUAUCCUCUCAGCUAUGGUUUUCAAUGUUGUUCCUACCAUUUUGGAGAUAGCUAUGGUAUCAGGUAUACUAGCGUACAAGUUCGGAGCUGCUUUUGCCUGGAUUACUUCUCUUUCUGUUGGAGCAUAUAUCGCUUUCACCUUAGCUGUCACACAGUGGCGAACCAAGUUUAGAAAGGCUAUGAACAAAGCUGAUAAUGAUGCUAGCACGAGGGCCAUUGAUUCUCUGAUAAAUUAUGAGACGGUUAAGUAUUUUAACAAUGAAGGUUAUGAGGCUGAAAAGUAUGACCAGUUCUUGAAAAGAUAUGAAGAUGCUGCCCUGCAAACUCAAAGAAGUCUUGCUUUCUUAAACUUUGGGCAAAGUAUCAUAUUUAGUACUGCUCUGUCAACAGCAAUGGUGUUGUGCUCUCAGGGUAUCAUGAAUGGCCAGAUGACAGUCGGUGACUUGGUUAUGGUGAAUGGACUUCUCUUUCAGUUGUCCCUUCCUCUAAACUUCUUGGGUAGUGUUUACCGUGAAACCAUUCAGAGCCUUAUAGACAUGAAAUCAAUGUUCCAGUUGUUAGAGGAAAAAUCUGACAUCAGGAAUAUAGAUGACGCAAAGCCUCUUGUUCUGAAAGGUGGAAACAUUGAGUUUGAAAAUGUACACUUCAGUUAUCUUCCAGAGAGGAAAAUUUUGGAUGGAAUUUCAUUUGUCGUACCGGCAGGAAAGAGUGUGGCAAUCGUUGGUACUAGCGGGAGCGGCAAGUCAACAAUUCUUAGAAUGCUUUUUAGAUUCUUCGACACAGAUUCCGGAAGUGUAAGGAUUGACGGGCAAGAUAUAAAGGAAGUGAGACUAGAUAGUCUUCGAAGCUCUAUAGGAGUUGUGCCUCAAGAUACUGUGCUCUUCAAUGAUACAAUAUUUCACAAUAUACAUUAUGGACGUCUUUCAGCUACAGAACAAGAGGUGUAUGAUGCUGCUCGUCGUGCUGCAAUUCAUGACACCAUCAGUAAUUUCCCUGAUAAAUAUUCCACCAUUGUUGGAGAAAGAGGGCUCAAGUUGAGUGGUGGAGAGAAACAAAGAGUGGCACUUGCUCGGGCAUUCCUGAAAUCCCCUGCGAUUCUGUUGUGUGACGAGGCAACAAGUGCACUGGACAGCACAACAGAGGCAGAGAUACUUAACGCAUUGAAGGCACUGGCGAGUAACAGGACAUCCAUCUUCAUUGCCCACAGGCUGACCACAGCGAUGCAAUGUGAUGAGAUAGUAGUGCUGGAAAACGGGAAGGUGGUUGAGCAGGGUCCACACGAGGUGCUGUUGGGGAAGGCAGGAAGAUACGCGCAGCUAUGGACACAACAGAACAGCACUGUGGAUAUGAUUGAUGCGGCUAUCAAGUUGGAAGAGUGAAUCCCAGAGGCAAAAGAGAGUGUAUAAUCGGAUAUUUAUAUCUCAUUGAUUCUUUUACUCUUUGAAUGAAUGUAGUUAAUACGUUUCCCCAAAAAGACAAAACAAAGAAAUAUAAUAAUGUUGAAUGACAAGUUUUGUAUGGAUGAUGGUGAGAAUUAACGAAAGCAAAUCAAAGGCUAUUAUGUUUUA